GUUAGUGAAACAAAGUGAAUCGCUGUAAAAUAUCAGAAAAGCAGGAAAAUGAAUGAACCAGUGUGUUGGGCCAAUCUGACCCCGCUAGCUGUUUUGAACGAAUGAACCCCUAGAAUCGACCAAUAGGGUUUUUACAGUACUCCAAACAACCCAGAAGUAUGAUCCAGGUAAUAAAAACCAAAAAUAUGUUUACACAAUCAACCCAGCACCUUUUUUGAUUUUAUUUGCAUUCAAUCAGCGUGUGUGACACUUGUUGCAGAUGUGGUGAGUCUUUGCCAUCUGCAAGUCACACACUGUGGUGCAACACAUGAACUGUGGUUUUUUCUUUGUUUUGUAUGAAACCACUCACAGGGAAAGGAGCUGCGGUGAAAAGUUUUCUGUUUCCCACAUCAUUUGCCGGGGGUUUGUCCACGUCACGCUCGGUUUGCAGUGGCACUAUGUAUAACUUGGCCACGGAGGGUGAAUUUAGUCUUGCAAGAAAUAGCUUGACAGGUGAAACGCUAACUCCAAACAUUAUGACAUCCAGGGACGCUGCAGUGAAGUGGCUCCCUCCCCAAGUCGGGCCCACAAUGGUUGUGAUUUUCAUUCUUAUACCAGCUUUAAGCGGUGCCAUCGAUGUUAACUGCUCCGAGUCAAACCAACCAGCCCUGCUGAAGGCUCUGAAACCAUUGUUUAACCUGAAGGCCAUACGCCCUGUGAUGAACCUGACGACCCCUACCAACAUCAUGACCUACUUCACCAUGUAUGGAAUACUGGGUGUGGAUGAAAAGGCUCAACUCUUAGAAACAUACAUCUGGCUGCAUUAUUGGUGGCAGAAUGAAUUUGUCAACUGGGAUCCAGUCCAGUGCAGCUCCAAAAUGAUUUCCCUUCCAAGAUCCAUGUUUUGGGUGCCAGAUAUUGUCAUCAAUGAAUUCAUGGAUGAAAACACAGCCCCCAUUGUCCCGUACGUGUAUCUGUACCACGACGGCAAAGUCCACGAUGCUCUACCAGUCAGAGUUGUGAGCUCGUGUAACCUUGAUAUCUACACCUUCCCAUUCGACGUACAGAACUGCACCAUGACUUUUAACUCCUACAUACACUUCGCCAUGGACAUCCAGAUUUUCCUUGGCAGGUCUGCAGAAAACAUUACAUUGAACUCCAAGAACGUGAUUACCACUACUGGGGAGUGGGAGCUGCUGGAAAUCACCUCCUACAAAAACGAAUCAGGACAAGAUAAGAGUGACUACAUUGAUGCGCUUAUAUUCAAUGUCCGAGUGAGGCGCCGGGCCACCCUGUACGUUGUGAACUUGUUGAUCCCCAGCUGCUUCCUUAUCACAGUCGACCUCUUCAGCUUCUUGCUGCCUCCUCAGGCUGUGGACCGAUCCUCCUUUAAGAUGACUCUGAUCCUGGGCUACACCGUCUUCCUGCUCAUCAUGAACGACCUGCUGCCCGUCACUGGAAACAGCAUACCUCUCAUAAAUGUGUUCUUCUCUCUCUGCCUUGCUCUGAUGGUGACCAGUUUACUGGAGACCAUCCUCAUCACUAACCUGUGA